ACCUCCCCGCUUCUUUCCCUCUUUCCCCUGCGCGUGCUGUCCUCCCCCUCCCCCCUCCCCCAAUCAGAUUAGGAAGAGGUAAACAGCGGGCAGAGGGAGGCUCUCAGAGCCAGGCCAGGCGACAGCAUGCUGGCGCUCCGUGGGCCCGGGCUCCCCGUUGUGGGGAUCCUGCUCCUGGUGUCCUUCCUGGCGCUGCUCUUGCUGCCUGCAGCCCCUGCACCCCAUCGUGCUUCCUACAAGCCAGUCAUCGUGGUGCACGGGCUCUUUGACAGUUCGUACAGCUUCCGCCACCUGCUGGAAUACAUCAAUGAGACACACCCCGGGACUGUGGUGACAGUGCUCGAUCUCUUCGAUGGGAGAGAGAGUUUGCGGCCCCUGUGGGAACAAGUGCAAGGAUUCCGAGAGGCUGUGGCCCCCAUCAUGGCAAAGGCCCCUCAAGGGGUGCAUCUCAUCUGCUACUCUCAGGGGGGCCUGGUGUGCCGGGCACUGCUAUCUGUGAUGGAUGAGCACAAUGUGGAUUCUUUCAUCUCUCUGUCCUCUCCACAGAUGGGACAGUAUGGAGACACUGACUACUUGAAGUGGCUGUUCCCUACCUCCAUGAGGUCUAACCUCUACCGGAUUUGCUAUAGCCCCUGGGGGCAGGAAUUCUCCAUAUGCAACUAUUGGCAUGAUCCCCACCACGAUGACUUGUACCUCAAUGCCAGCAGCUUCCUGGCCCUGAUCAAUGGGGAAAGAGACCAUCCCAAUGCCACUGCAUGGCGCAAGAACUUCCUUCGUGUGGGCCGCAUGGUGCUGAUUGGGGGCCCUGACGAUGGUGUUAUUACCCCCUGGCAGUCCAGCUUCUUUGGUUUCUAUGAUGAAAAUGAGACGGUUUUGGAGAUGGAGGAGCAACUGGUUUACCUUCGGGAUUCUUUUGGGUUGAAGACUCUCUUGGCCCGGGGGGCCAUAGUGAGGUGUCCGAUGGCUGGGAUUGCCCACACAGCCUGGCACUCCAACCACACCCUUUAUGAGACCUGCAUUGAACCUUGGCUCUCCUGAGGACCUCCUCAGGGAUCCUCUAGGAACUCCCUGGCCUAGAGACCAAGUGGUGGCCUUGGAAAGCAGAUGUCGGGCUCUUUUUCGCCUGUGACCAUGUCAUUGCUCACACACUGCCACCACCAACCAGGGCUCCCGGGACCCCCUCCUCUGCUCUGUGAAUGACACAUCUUGGUCUCCUCCACUUCAUGUAUUCAGUUCAGGGUGGUUCCACGCUCUCCCAUCCUCCCAAGGCUGAGGUGGGGAAGUGAGAAACCAGGUUUUUAAUUUGUGGCCGCUCCUCUGUUUCUGGCUGUGCAGGAGAGGAACCCAGCCUGCCCACAACAGAGGUCUCCUUCCAGUCUGCUCAGGACAUUUUUAGCUUCUGUUCUCCCAUGUUCCCUUGUCAUAAGCUCUCCCAUGCCCAGGAAGAACUACCCAUGAGAGUAGGUCCUGAGGCUCCCCUAUGGGGACAGUUCCAUUCUUGAAGUGUCAGUGUUGGGGAAUAUCUGUGGCCUGCAAGGCCCAUCUCAGGUUUGGGGAUCCCCCAGUCCCUAUGUCCAGUGUUGGGGUACCCCCUGGGAGCCUAGUUUCUUUGAGGCCCCAGCCCCCCUUUUAGCUACCCUUGAGUGGGUGUUACACCAGUAUUUAUGGAAAUAAA